AUGAAUAGCCUUUUCUCUUCUUUGUCAAACUGCAUAUAUCUGGAAUUAUUAUCUUUCGCAGAAAAUCCACUAAAUGCUAUCAUUCCCAAUUCCAUUGGAAAUCUCUCCACUUCUCUUCAGGAAAUUUUAAUGGGUGGUUGCAAUAUCAAGGGCAGCAUUUUCCAAGAUAUUGGCAAUUUAAGCAGCUUGACAAGAUUGGACUUAGGGAACAAUGAGUUGGUUGGACUGAUUCCAACUUCAUGGGGGAAAUUGGGAAUGAUCCAAGGAGGCAAUGAGCUAGUUGGACAAAUUCCGGGAUGCAUAAAUAAUCUGGCUUUGCUAAGAAAGCUCCACUUAGGCUCAAACAAAUUAACUUCUACAGUUCCUUUGAGCUUGUGGAGCUUGACAGAUUUAUUGGAGGUUGACCUAUCAUCGAAUUCCCUAAGUGGCCCCCUCUCAUUAGAGCUUGGAAAUUUGAAGGUACCGAGAGAGUUGGAUUUAUCAAACAAUCGAUUAUCAGGUGAUAUUCCAACGACAAUUGGUAGUCUCAAAGAUCUACAUAAUCUCUCCUUAGCAGGAAAUCAAUUAGAAGGUUCAAUUCCUAAAUCAUUUGGUGAUUUGGUAAGCUUGGAGCUCUUGGAUGUUUCCGGUAAUUAUUUAUCUGGAGAGUUUCCCAAAUCCUUAGAAGCACUCAUAUAUCUUAAAUAUCUAAAUGUCUCUUUCAAUAGACUACGAGGAGAAAUUCCUACAAAAGGGCCAUUUAUAAACUUCUCGGCUGCAUCAUUUAUGUCAAAUGAUGCACUUUGUGGUGCUCCCCAAUUGCAAGUUCUCCCCUGCAAAAACGAUGCUUCUCGAUCAAAAACGUUCAGAAUAAGGCAUAUACUAACAUUUUUACUACCUGCAGUUAGAUUAACAUUAAUACUUGUGGCAGCAUCCCUCGUAUUAAUCUCAAAAAAAGGCCAAAAGAAGUCAACAGGUUCGGUAGACUUGUCUCCUUUAGCACCAUGGAGAAGAGUUUCUCACCAAGAGCUUCUACGAGCAACAGAAGGGUUUAAUCCAAAUAAGUUGAUUGGAGAAGGGAGCUUUGGGUCUGUGUACAAAGCAACAUUCUUGGAUGGUAAGAAUUUUGCAAUAAAAGUUUUGAAUUUGCAAAUAGAAGGGGCAUUUCAUAGCUUUGACGUAGAGUGUGAAGUACCAAGUAAUAUUCGUCAUCGGAAUCUUGUCAAAAUCAUUAGUGCUUGCAAUAGCAUCGACUUCAAAGCCAUUGUAUUGGAAUACAUGCCUAAUGGGAGCUUGGAGACCUGGCUUUAUUCUGAUGACCACUUCUUGAGUAUGUUACAAAGGCUAAACAUAAUGAUUGAUGUGGCGACAGCACUAGAAUACCUUCAUUUCGGUUACUCCAAAACUAUUGUGCACUGUGAUUUGAAGCCUAACAAUAUAUUGUUGGAUGAAGAUAUCGUUACCCAUGUUGCUGAUUUUGGA